AAAAAGUAAUACUUAACUGAUAUAACUAAUGUAAUACUACUAUCUAUGUAGAAAAGAUUGACAGUAGCUGUAAUUGUAAAUUAUACAACCAAAUAAGAACAUUAUUUACAGCAAUAAAUGAUGUAAUUUUACAUCAAUGAUGUAAUAAACAACAAUGAUGUCAUGGUUAGUCCGGAACAUGAAUAUAGGGAGGUUACAUUGAAGUCAAUGUUGUCCUGGUUGAUGAAACACAACGGCUGAGGGAUGGCUUGUCAAUAAUUGGAUGAGGAAAGUGUUGAUUGUUUAACCUGGGACUUUAAUCCACUUUAAUCCGGGAUGAUCCUCACCUUGAUCCACUCAGCACUCGUUAGUCCUCAAAUGCUUCGGUCCAUAUUGCUCACGCCGCGGAGACGCUCCGUCAGGAUGUGGAGUAUUUUACAGGGGGGGUGUGCGCGGGCUGAGGUGUGCCCAUUAUCUUUGAGGAGGCAGGAAGGUGGUGGGGGGGGUCCAGACUGAGUGGAGCCAUGGUGGAACAGCCUCAUUGAGGAGGAGGUGGGGGUGUCGGGGAGGGGACGUGGGCUUUGAUGUGCCUCGAGGUGGGACGUGGCCUAUAAAGUACGGGGAACCUCUUGAGGAACGCCACUUACCUGCACGCCAACCGGACUCAGCACCCUCCAGAAACCUCCUGAGGAUUAUUCACGCCAUGAGGGGACACUUCUCCAUCGAGUGGAUGGCCCAAAGCAGCCAGCCCGCCGCCACCGCGGCCGCGGCCUGCGGGACCGACGCCGAAAGCCUGCCCGGUUUUUAUCGCCGACCGAAGAGCAAGAGCGGACCCCAGUUGGAGCGCAGAGAUGACCUCCAUGGAGCGUCCGUGCAGCAGCGAGGGUUGGAGGCGGGUUUCAGCAGCGGGACUGAGGAGGAGACGUCAGGUUACGAGAGCGAGGGCGAGCGUGGCGUCUCGCCGCCGGCCGCCUCGCCGCCGACCCCCCCCUCGGGGAGGAGGCCCCGUACGGCCUUCACGGCGGAGCAGGUGAGCAGCUUGGAGCGAGCCUUCAAGAGGAACGCCUACCUGGGGACGCAGGACAAGGCGGAGCUCUGCAAGAAGCUCAACCUGUCGGACAAACAGAUCAGAAACUGGUUCCAGAACCGGCGCAUGAAGCUGAAGAGGACGGUGCAGGACGCGCUGGCACACGCCUGCCAGGCCAACGCCGCCUCCCACUUCACGCACUACCCCGAAAUGCAGGCGUUCAGGCCGGCGCCGUAUCCCAGGUACCACUCGCCGCAAGACGCCGCCUUGGCUCACCCUCACUGCCUUCAGUACGCCUCGCCUCUGCCGCCCGCCAUGCCCUCGCUGCCUCUGGACUCUCUCUACCUGCCAGGCGCCAUGUUGCCCGCCGCCACGCCCCCUCCUCUCAUAGGCUCCUACCCAACCUACCCUCAGUACUACUGACCAAUGGCCGAAAUAUGCUUUUAUUUUGGAACAGGAAGUGUUUAUUUUUUAAAUCCGAAUAGUUUAAUAAUUAUGUCCGUAAAAUUGAAGGGUUGUGUGCAAUAAUGAUUGCAAAUAAAUCGAUUGACACUGGCCGUUUACUUGUUCUUUUAUGUCAAAAUAAAACGGCACAAAAAGCUAUAAUUAAAUGGAUAA